GCAUAAGAGACUUCUUUCACAAACAUUAAUUUUUUUUAAUUAUUCCAAACUUUCGACUGUCAGUGUAGCAUUUCUGAGCUAUUUCCAAUGUGGUUAACACACCAGCUUUCAGAGGUGACCGUGUGCAGAGGAUACAGUCAGUGUGUGUGUGUGUGUGUUCAUUUCUCUGAGUGCAGAAAGUGAAAUCACGCUGAAUGAGUGUCAGCUGACUUCGGUCACAGGACUUUAGGGAGAGCAUCUCACAAAAACACACCGGACCAGUUGAUUCUUCUUCAUGUUGGUGACCUCAGUAAGUGAGUUUGCUCAGACCGGUCCUAUGUGAGGGCAGUAUGUGGUGGUUUCAGCGGGGGCUUUGUGCUCUACCGGUGGCUCUGGUGACCUGGUCAUCUGCUACGUUCCUCAUCUCUUAUGCCACAGCGGUCAUGUUGGGCCAUGCUGACCUGCUCUUUCCAUACAUAAGUGACACGGGCACUGAGGUUCCUGAACGCUGUGUGUUUGGCUUCAUGCUGUCAAUCUCAGCUUUCUUAGGGUUGGGCACCAUGUAUGUACGAUAUAAACAAGUUGAGGCUUUAAUUUCGGCCUCUGAGUCGGGCUUACAGCUGCUGAACUACACAGGCCUCCUGAUGGGCAUCUUCAGCACUGUAGGGAUGUGUGUUGUGGCCAACUUCCAGAAAACAGAUAUGAUAUCCAUCCACCUUUUUGGGGCGGGGUUGACCUUCGGCCCUGGGACAUUGUAUAUCCUGAUUCAGACCGGCAUGUCAUACCGCAUGCAGCCGCGUUUCCAUGGCAGAGGAAUUCUAUGGGCACGUAUGGCUGUGGGAAUGUGGACGCUCUUUAGCAUAAUCACACUUUUCAUAUCCUUUGUGCUAUUGUAUGAUGACCUGCCUGGUGUGGAUGUCCCUAAUAAGUUACACUGGGAGAGAGGUUUUAUACCGCACCAGGUCAGUGCUUCAGCAGAGUGGUCUCUGGCAUUCUCCUUCAUCUGCUUUUUCUUCACGUACAUGCAUGAUUUCCAGAAAAUCACUCUGAGGGUUCAGCCUGUACUUCAGAGUAACCAUCUCUACGAUUAUCCUCACUAUGAAGAGCGAGAGCAUGUGCUUCAUGAAGAACGCUCUCCUCUACUGGCUGGUACCAUUUGACAAACACUCUCCCACCUUGCGUCCGACAUCAAACACCGCAGCCGACAUUCACUUCACAAAUCUGAAUAUUCAUGAUCACGAGAAGCUUCUGUGAUGUUACAUUUUCUUGCCAUGCUUUUAUGUAAUGUUUUGAAAAUAUCAAGGGAGACUUUUUUUAUAACCAUGUAUAAAUAUGUGACAAGUUUUAUCAGCAUAGUUACAUCACAAAUGAUAAUAAUGCGAAAUAAUCACUUUAAAGUAAAUGUUUUUUCCUUUUAAUUUUAGAAUAAACACAUUGCAAAUUUGGACAUCUUUCAGUGCUUUUACAGUAAUUUGUGAUGAUCUAUGGAGAUGAAAUCUUCAAUUCCAUUGUUGUUUCCAUUUAAAAUGCAUUUAGAAAUGUAUGUUUUUUUCAAUUCGG